GCCCUUAGGGCUUGCCUUUGCCCCUCAAAGGAAAUGGAAAUUGCGUGAUAUUUCUGCUUUCACACCCAUCGAGUGAGGCAAUUCAAGUGCGAGCGAGAUUUCCGGCGAGUUCGGGGAGACGCCGGCCAUCAGAUCUAUCUGGUUUGUGCCGGAAUAGCAGAAUCGGUGUUUUUCCGGGAGAGUUUGGCGUUUCUGUAUGCAAUCCGGGGGCGGGCCUCCACAGGGUGGAGGAGGUGGGCAUGGUCGGAGCACUGCUGCAUCGGCCUCGGCCUCACCGUCCUCAUCUUCGUCAGCGGCCUUUGAUCAGCAACAGCAGCAGCAGCAAAGACAGCUAUUACAACAACAUUUUCUGAGGAGGGCUGAAGGUAAUGAUGCCCUUUUGGCCUACCAAUCUGGCAAUAUUCAUGGAGCUCUUGGAGGGGCAAAUUUUGCUGCAGCAUCUGGAUCUGUGCAACUACCACAGCAGCCAAGGAAGUUCAUUGAUUUGGGCCAACCUCAUGGUUCUCCAAAUAUUGGUGAACAAGGCCACAAUAGGAGUCCAGCUGUUGAACAGCAAAUGAUUAAUCCUUUCCAGCAAGCUUAUCUACAAUAUGCCUUCCAGGCAGCUCAGCAGCAAAAGUCGUCCUUGGGGAAGCAACCUCAGCAACAGCAACAGCAGCAGCAGCAGCAGCAGCAGCAGCAGCAGCUGAAAUCUGGAAUGCUUGGCUCUCUUGCCAAAGAACAAGAAAUGCGGUUAGCAAAUAUGAAGAUGCAAGAGCUGAUCUCCCAGCAAGCAGCGAAUCAAUUGCAGGCAUCUGCCUCCAAGAAACCGUCAGAGCAGAUUAGUCAGAGUGACAGGCAGGCAGAUCAGGGUCAACGUUCUGUGCCUGAUCAAAGAAUUGAUCCAAAGCAGAAUAAUGCCACCCUACAUGGUCAAGCAAUGACAAUGCUUGGGGCACAACCGACACAAAAUGUCAUGAACAUGACAAACAAUCAAAUUGCUGUUGCUGCGCAGAUGCAACAGGCACUACAAGCUCUGGCGCAUGAACGGAAUAUAGACCUGUCAAAUCCUGCUAAUGCCAGCAUGAUCGCCCAGCUUAUUCCAGUCAUGCAGUCCAGGAUCCUUGCCCAGCAAAAGGCAAAUGAAAAUAGUAGUGGAAUGCAGUCUCAAACUUUUACAAAACAUGUUACCUCACCGCAAGGCGGAAAUGAAAGCUCUCCUCGUGGUAAUUCCUCAAGCGAUGUCUCUGGGCAAUCUGGUUCUUCUAAAGCUAGACAGACUGUUACUCCUAGUACUCUUGGCAUAAAUUCCAGUGCUGCUCUGGGUAACAACUCCAGCAAUAUAACCGGGCAGCCAUUCCCCAUGCAUGGUAGAGAUAACAAUGUGCCUUCUCGUCAGCCCGCCUUAAUUGGCCAUGGAAUGACUGCUUCCUCGCAGUUGUCUGGGAACCAAGGAAUUGACAGUUCAAUUCUUACGAAAACUUCAGCUGCUAACACAGAAUCUUCUCAGGCCCAAAAUGCCAGAAGACCUCCACAACCUGCUCCUCCGCCUGCACCUCUAGCUCCACCUCCGACUAAUGAUGUGGAUGUGGUCAUUCCAGCAGCUGCUCAAGGUGGGCCUUUAGCUCCAAUGCGACAGCCAAAUACUGGGUUUUCCAGACCACAGUUGCAUGUACUUAAAGCACAGAUCCUUGCAUUUAGGCGCUUGAAGAAAGGAGAAGUAAAUCUUCCCCGGGAACUUCUUGAUGCUAUUGCUCCUCCUCCUCCGCCUCCUCCUGAUUUGCAAAUGCAACAGGCAGUUCCCCCUCCCGCUGCUGUGAGGGAUGGAGCAGUAGAAAAUUUAAAUGAACAUGCAAGAGCAAUAGAGUCUAGUGAGAGGGGUCCAAAUGUUUCUAAACCAGCUGCUGGAGCAAGCAAUUUAAAAGAGAGAAACCUCGGAGAUGAUCGAAGAACCACAUCAUCUACAUUUGACAUGCAAAGCUCCUCAAUUGCAAUAAAGGAACCAAGAUUUGCACCUCCUACUGGAAAAGAAGAGCAGCAAAGUCUUGUUACUCUUGGGAAAUCUGAUCAGGAUGCAGAACAAGCCAAUCUGAAAGCUUCUGUUAGGAGUGACAUUGCCGCAGAUAGGGGAAAAGCAAUCGCCACUGAAUCAACCGUUUCAGAACAAUUGCAAGCUAAGAAACAGAUGCAACCAAAUAAUACUAUGCAACCUAAGGAUUCUGCUUCAGCUAGAAAGUAUCAUGGGCCGUUGUUUGAUUUCCCCAUCUUUACGAGGAAACAUGAUGCUCUUGGGGCCUCCAUGAUGAACACCAAUAACAACCUAACUCUUGCAUAUGAAUGCCAAGAACUUUUUGCUGAUGGAGGUGGGGAAAUUCGUAAAAGGAAAAGGGAAGAGAAACUUGAUAAGAUUGAUAAGAUACUUGCUGUUAAUUUAGAAAGGAAACGAAUUAGACCAGAUCUUGUCCUACGCCUACAGAUUGAAGCAAAGAAGAUCCAGCUUGCUGAGCAUCAGGCCCGGUUGAGGGAUGAGAUUGAGCAACAACAGCAGGAAAUCAUGGCUAUGCCGGAUAGACCAUAUCGCAAAUUUGUUAGAUUAUGUGAGCGUCAACGACAAGAACUUAACAGGCAAUCGCAGGCCAACCAAAAGGCAGCUCGGGAGAAGCAUUUGAAAUCCAUAUUCCUGUGGCGCAAGAAGCUUCUCGAGGCACAUUGGGCCAUCCGUGAUGCCCGAGCUACCCGUAAUAGAGGAGUUCAUAAGUAUCAUGAAAGGAUGUUAAGAGAGUUUUCCAAGAGGAAGGAUGAUGGUCGAAAUAAGAGGAUGGAGGCUUUGAAAAAUAAUGAUGUGGAACGCUACAGAGAGAUGCUGCUGGAGCAACAAAGUAAUAUUCCUGGAGAGGCUGCCGAAAGAUAUGCUGUUUUAUCGUCAUUCUUAAGUCAAACUGAAGAUUAUCUUCACAAAUUGGGAAGUAAAAUAACAGCUGCCAAAAAUCAGCAGGAGGUUGAGGAGGCAGCUAAUGUGGCAGCUGCAGCUGCACGGGCCCAGGGUCUCUCUGAAGAAGAAGUAAGAGCCGCUGCUGCUUGCGCCAGGGAAGAAGUGAUGAUAAGGAAUCGAUUUUCUGAGAUGAAUGCACCCAGAGAGAGUUCAUCAGUGAACAAGUAUUACAACCUUGCGCAUGCUGUGAAUGAGAGGAUCCUCAGGCAGCCCUCAAUGUUACGAGCUGGAAAGCUGCGAGAGUAUCAGCUUGUUGGUUUGCAGUGGAUGUUAUCUUUGUAUAACAACAAAUUAAAUGGGAUUUUGGCAGAUGAAAUGGGGCUUGGGAAGACUGUACAGGUAAUAUCCUUGAUUGCUUAUUUGAUGGAGUUUAAGGGAAACUAUGGUCCACACCUUAUUAUUGUUCCUAAUGCUGUCCUGGUGAACUGGAAGAGUGAAUUACGCAGUUGGCUUCCUUCUGCCUCCUGCAUAUAUUAUGUUGGUGGGAAAGACCAGCGAUCAAAAUUGUUUUCUCAGGACGUGAUGGCCAUGAAGUUUAAUAUCCUUGUGACAACCUAUGAAUUCGUUAUGUAUGAUCGAUCAAAACUUUCAAAAGUUGAUUGGAAGUACAUUAUUAUUGAUGAAGCACAACGGAUGAAGGAUCGAGAGUCUGUUCUGGCUCGUGACCUCGAUAGAUAUCGCUGCCAAAGGCGGUUGCUUCUUACAGGGACACCAUUGCAGAAUGAUCUUAAAGAACUUUGGUCUCUUCUGAACCUAUUGCUCCCAGAAGUGUUUGAUAAUCGCAAAGCAUUUCAUGACUGGUUCUCGCAACCAUUUCAAAAAGAAGGCCCCAUGCAUGAAGAUGACUGGCUUGAGACUGAGAAAAAGGUGAUAAUUAUUCAUAGGCUUCAUCAAAUUUUGGAGCCUUUUAUGCUCCGGCGCCGUGUUGAAGAUGUAGAAGGAUCACUUCCACCAAAGGUUUCAAUUGUUUUGAAAUGUAGAAUGUCUGCGAUACAGAGUGCCAUUUAUGAUUGGAUUAAAUCUACGGGUACCCUUAGGGUUGAUCCUGAAGAUGAACUGCGAAAGACCCAAAAAAGUUCACUAUACCAGGCUAAAGUUUACAAAACCUUAAACAACAGAUGCAUGGAGCUAAGAAAAGCUUGCAAUCAUCCACUGCUCAAUUAUCCAUAUUUCAGUGACUUUUCAAAGGAUUUUCUGGUGAAGUCGUGCGGAAAGUUGUGGAUUCUGGAUAGGAUUUUAAUUAAGCUUCAGAGAACUGGGCAUAGGGUACUACUGUUUAGCACUAUGACGAAGCUUCUUGAUAUAAUGGAAGAAUAUUUACAAUGGCGGAGGCUUGUAUUCAGAAGAAUUGAUGGGACUACUAGUUUGGAAGAUCGUGAGAGUGCUAUUGUGGAUUUUAACAGUCCAGAUACUGAUUGCUUUAUUUUUCUGCUAAGCAUUCGUGCUGCUGGAAGGGGUCUGAAUCUUCAGACUGCCGACACGGUCAUCAUAUAUGAUCCAGAUCCAAAUCCCAAAAAUGAGGAGCAGGCUGUUGCUCGAGCCCACCGUAUUGGACAGACGAGGGAGGUGAAAGUCAUAUACAUGGAAGCUGUGGUUGACAAGAUAGCCAGUCACCAGAAAGAAGAUGAAUUUCGGAAUGGAGGAAUGAUUGAUUCUGAUGAUGAUCUUGCCGGCAAGGACCGGUACAUGGGUUCGAUUGAGAGCCUGAUUAGGAAUAAUAUCCAGCAGUAUAAGAUUGACAUGGCCGAUGAAGUUAUAAAUGCUGGACGAUUUGACCAGAGGACUACACAUGAAGAGAGGCGAAUGACUUUAGAAAACCUGUUGCAUGAUGAAGAAAGAUACCAGGAAACAGUUCAUGAUGUUCCUGCUCUUCAUGAAGUUAACCGCAUGAUUGCUCGGAGUGAGGAAGAAGUUGAUCUCUUCGAUCAAAUGGAUGAAGAACUUGAUUGGCCAGAGGAGAUGACGAGAUAUGAUCAGGUUCCCAGUUGGCUUCGUGCUAAUUCAAAAGAAGUAAAUGACACCAUUGCUAAUUUAUCAAAGAAGCCAUCAAAGUAUGCUUUAUAUGGAUCAAGUAUUGGCCGGAAUGCUGGUGAAGUGGCUGCUGAGCCUGAGAGAAAGAGGGGGAGGCCUAGGGGAAAAACACCAGUUUAUACUGAGUUGGAUGAAGACAAUGAAGAAUUUUCUGAAGCUAGCUCCGAGGAUAGGAAUGGCUAUUCUAUUCCCGAAGAAGAAGGGGACAUUGGAGAGUUUGAAGACGACGAAUCUACUGAGGUGGCUCCCCAAGUUAAUAAAGAUCAAUCUGAAGAUGAGGUUCCUGUUUCUGCUGAGAGAUAUGAGUACCAAAGAGCGGUGGAGAGUGUUAAAAAAACUAAUACACUCGAAGAAGCUGGCUCAUCUGGUUCCUCUUCUCAUAGUCGGAGAUUGAUGCGUGUGACAUCGCCUUCAGUAUCCUCUCAGAAGUUUGGGUCUCUUUCUGCUCUGGAUAGCAGGUCCCAUUCGAAGAAGGCAGAAGAACUGGAAGAAGGAGAAAUAGCUGCAUCGGGAGAUUCCCCAAUGGACCAACAGCAGUCUGGAAGCUGGAUCCAAGAUCGUGAUGAAGGUGAAGAGGAACAGGUCUUACAGCCGAAAAUUAAACGGAAGCGAAGCAUUCGUCUGCGCCCCCGGCCUGCUGCGGAGAGAUCUGAAGAGAAGCACAGUGACAAGCCAUCUAUCCGCCGUGGUGAUCCUUCUCCAUUGCCAUUCCAGGGGGACCAUAAGUACAAGUCUUUAGCAAGGGAGGACCGCCCCCAAAGAGUUAUCGGGGAUUCAAGUUCAUUGAAAUCUGAGAAAAGCGAUUCAUCCCUCAAGAACAAGCGAACUGUACCAUUGAGGAAAAACACAUCCAAUGUUAAGGUGUCUAUUAAGUCUGGGAAGCUGAAUCUUGGAUCUGCACCCUCUGAUCGUGCUACGGAACGCACAAAAGAUGAUGUGGACACUAAAGUCGUGAAAGGGGCUAAAAGCAGCGGGAGCAAGAUGCCUGAUUUGGUCCAAAGGAAGUGCAAGACCGUCAUUAGCAAGCUCCAGAGAAGAAUAGACAAUGAAGGUCAUCAAAUUAUACCCCUGCUAACCGAACUGUGGAAGAGAAUUGAGAACUCCAGUGGAGCGGGCGAUAACAUUUUGAAUUUGAAAAAGAUUCAUCUCCGCGUGGACAGAUCUGAGUACAGUGGAGUAAUGGAGCUUGUGUCCGAUGUGCAGCAUUUGUUGAAGUACAGCAUGCAAUACUAUGGUUUCUCGUACGAGGUGAGGUCGGAGGCCCGAAAAGUUCAUGACCUCUUCUUUGACAUCCUGAACAUAGCAUUUUCGGACAUUGAUUUCCGCGAAGCAAGAAGUGCCAUGUCUUUCUCUGCAGCCCCCACCAGCGGCGGCCCAUCUUCCCGGCAAACUUCCGGGAAGCGCCAGAAAUCCGUUAAAGAUGUGGACUCUGAAAACACCUCUUUAAAAAAGCUACAGACUCGACAGCCGUCCGAAGGCACCAAAUCCCGAGCCUCUGUCUCUCAGAAAGACCCGAGGGCUGGCAGCAGCCGGGAGCCAACGCAGCCAGACAAUGCCCGGGUUCCUCCUCCGCCAUUCACUCAUCCAGGCGACCUCGUCAUCUGCAAAAAGAAGAGGAAAGACAGGGAGAAGUCGAUUGCGAAGCAGCCGGGAAAUAGUUCAGCCAGCCCUUUAUCCCCUUCUGGGGUGGGGGUGGGGGUGGGGGUGGGGGUGGGGCGUGCUAUUAAAAGCCCUGGAAGCGCACGCGAUGUGGGAUCGAGCCAGCAAGGCUGGCCUGCUGCCUCCCCCCGGGACAACAACGCUGCUGCUGCGGCUGCUAGCGUCGGAUGGGCGAAUCCUGUGAAGAAAAUGAGAACCGAUGCAGGAAGGCGCCGGCCGAGCCAUUUGUGAGAGAGAGAGAGAGAAGAAGAGAAGAGAGUUCUUGAGAAGAUGAUCCAUCUGCAUUAUGCCGUUGCUUGAACUGGUAAGAGAUAUAUAUAUAUAUAUAUAGUGAGAGAGAGAGAGAGGGAGAGAGAGAGACAGAGAGUGAGAGACCCCAUGAAAUGAUAAACAUUCUGCGUAACUGAAUUUGAUGCACUUCAAUUCUGGUC